UUUGCGUAGGAGGUCGGCCGACGUUCAUUUCAUAUUCGAGCGUCGUAUUUUGGUCCAGAUGGGACGCACAGUCACGUCUCCGCCCUGAUCGGUCCCCGCACGCCCUCCCUCUUCCCAGCGAAUUUAAUCGGUAAAAUGUUUUCUUGGAGCAGCGGAGAAGACUCCGACGGGGAACGCAGGACAACAAGUGAAUGACUACUAGUGGAAUAAGUCGGCAGGACCGCCCAUUUGGCGGACAUUUAGCACAGCGGGCACGUAUUCAGGCUUCUAAAUGUAGGGGUUGUAGGUGUUACCAAGUGCGCACCAUUAUUUAUUUAGACCGGGGGACUUUUCAUUGGCAGAGAUGGAAAGUGUUCAGGCUGCCGCUGAGGAUGGCGCGUCGGAUGGAGGCGCGACCAAGUUAAUGAAGAAGCCCAGCGGACUGUCUGUCGCCCGGGGAAAUCCAGCGGAUGAUGGCGGUGGACAUUCGGCGCCCUCCCGCGUAGAGGCGAAGACCGGGAAUCGGCUCUCUCAUUCCGCCUCCACGGCGGGAUCGAGUGCGUCAAACCGAGCCGCGGCGGCUAAUGGCCGGGGCUCGUCCAGCAACUCCAGCUCCCUCCUGUUGAGACGGAGGCGCUUGAAGAGGAACCUCUCCGCGGCAGCUGCGGCCACCGCCGCCUCAGCUGUCACCGCCGCCUGCGGCGCCAAGAUGAACUCGGCCCUGUCCUCUGCGUCUCUCAACACCCGGAGUCUGGAUAGGAAGACUCUGCUGAAGCACCGGCAGAACAUGCAGCUGCAGCCCGCGGAUCGCGAGUGGGUGAGAGCCGACCUCCACCGGGGCUGUGUGCACGUCCACGACAGACUGACGCCCUCGUAUCCCAGGCCGGUCCUUUGCACUAUGGACACCACAGCCGGCGAGGUGGCGCUCCGCCUGAGUAAACUCUGCAGCAAGUCGAGCUCCGUUAUGCGCAUUUUUUGUAAAGACACCACCAAGACGGACCAAAAUGGCAACUGCAGUGGGAGUUAUGAUUAUAACGUCAAUCCGUGCAAGAUGAUCGAGGACGCCGGCAUGAAAUGCAGCCACCUGUCUCCCCUGGAAGCCACAGACUUAAGGGGCCAUCCCAGUGACAGGCUGAGGCUGCUCCUCAUGGAGAAUGCAGAUGAGCGGCAAAAGCAACAGGACAUGGAUGGAAAACUUUUCACCCCAGAAUCAGAGUCGCAGGACAACAUCACAUGCUCGCUGUCUGAUUUGAAUUCCAACUCCAACAUGGAUACCCCCAACGACGACGACUCGGACCACAAGAACGGCCUGGACAGUUACGGACUGAAUUCCGGCUCCGACGUGGAGAGCAGCGCCUUCGAUGACCUGAGCUCCGGCGCUCGGCUCAGCGAGCACAGGGACUCCCUCAGCGACGACAUGAUCCUGGGCACCGAGGCGUCCAUCCUCAGCCCAUCCUUCGACAGCGCCACGGAGGGCCACGACAUGUACGGGAGCUCCUCGGACGAGCUGGAGCUCGACUGUCCUGCGCCCGGCUCCGGCAUGGAUCCCGUCUCCCAUUUGAAUGACACCACGAACAAUAUGGGGCCAGAUAGCAGACAAAACCCCCACAGUCUGGGCAGCCUGCCACCCAGCAGUAGCGCCGGCUCCUUGUCGAGAGGCUCCGCAAGCAACACACCUGACAUCCAAGAUCUGGACUGUGGCGAAGGUGCUGUGAAGUCAGGGCUCACGGCUGAGCACGGCGGGGAUUCCUGGGCCUCCAGCCCCACGCUGUACGUGCAGCUGCACGGCGAGGCCGUCAGGAGGCUCGGUCCAGAAGAGAGGCCUCUGCAGAUCCAGAAUGACUUCCUCUUUAAACUUGGAUUUAAGGACCCGUGGCGAGUUCAAGAGGAAGGCCUCAACACGGAAAUCGGCUCCUUGUUGCGUUUCUAUGCAGGUAAACCCCAGAGCAUCGAGAGCUCGGAGCGCGUGCAGCUGUCGGGAACCUACAACGUGCGCAAAGGGAAGCUCCAGCUGCCGGUCAACCGCUGGACCAGGCGGCAGGUGAUCCUGUGCGGCACCUGCCUCAUCGUGUCCUCCGUCAAAGAGAGCCAGACGGGGAAGAUGCACAUCCUGCCGCUCAUCGGAGGAAAAGUGGAGGAAGUGAAGAAGCACAAUCACUGUUUGGCCUUCAGCUCAGCCGGGCCUCAGAGUCAGACCUACUACGUCAGCUUUGACAGCUUCACGGAGCACCUGCGCUGGCACAGACACGCUGCCAAGAUGGUGUCUCAGAGGAUCAACUCGGUGGAUCUGUCCUGCUGCAGCCUGGAGCAGCUUCCCCCCAACCUUUUCUACAGCCACGAUCUCACCCAUCUCAACCUCAAACACAACUUCCUGACUGCAGACCAGCGGCUGCAGCAGCUGCAGAGGUUUUCCCGUUUGCGCAGCCUCAACCUGUCCAACAACCACCUCGGUCAGUUCCCUCUCGCCGUCUGCGACAUUCCCACCCUGACAGAGGUCAACCUCAGCUGUAACUACCUGGCCUCCGUCCCAAGCUCUGUAGGAGCCAUGAGCAAUUUGCAGACUUUCCUGUUGGAUGGCAACAGUCUGGAUGAGCUGCCCAAUGAGCUGGGCUCCCUCCAGAGGCUGAGCUACUUGGGCCUUUCCUUCAACCAGUUCAACCACGUGCCCCAGGUUCUGGAGCGGCUCGCCUCCAUGGAGAAGCUGUGCAUGGCCGGCAACAACCUGGAGACGCUCACGCUGCAGAACUUCCGACUGCUUCGUGUCAAACACAUUGAUCUAAGGUUGAAUAAGAUCUCCAGCAUGGUGCCGGACGAGCCCGACCUGCUGAGGCACGUGACCCAGCUCGACGUGCGGGACAACAGGCUGACGGACCUGGACGCCUCGGUUCUCCCGCGGCUGGAGGUGCUGCACUGCGAGAGGAACCGCAUCGUCGGCCUCAAGGCCAAGGGGUGCUUGCUCAAAGGCAUCUACGCCUCCAGCAACGAGCUACAACAACUCGAUGUCAGUCCGGUGCCCUCCAAUCUUAGUUACAUGGACAUCUCGAGGAACCAUAUGGAGUCUUUGCCAGACUGGCUGUGUGAAGCGAAGAAGCUGGAAGUUCUGGACGUGAGCCACAAUCUCAUCAGCGAGCUCCCAGCACGGUUGUUAUGCAGCAAUAGCCUGAGGAAGCUGAGUGCAGGAUAUAACCAGUUGCACAAGCUGCCGGAAAGAGUGGAGCGCCCUCUGCUGGAGGUUUUGGACGUACAGCACAAUCAGUUGAUGGAGCUUCCCUGCAACCUGUUCCUCAAAUCUGACAGCUUGCGAUGCGUUAACGCCUCAGCCAAUAAGCUGGAGCACCUGCCUCCAUCCAGCCUGUCGGAGGAGAGCCACAGCAUCCUGCAGGAGCUCUACCUGACCAAUAACCGGCUGACAGACAAGUGCGUGCCAAUGCUGACGGGCCACACACACCUUCGAGUCCUGCACAUGGCCUAUAACCAUCUCCAGACCUUCCCAGCCAGUAAAAUGGCCAAGUUGGAGGAGCUGGAGGAGGUGGACCUGAGUGGAAACAUGCUGAAGACCGUGCCCACCACCAUCAUGAACUGUCGGAGAAUGCACACGCUCAUCGCCCACUCCAACGCCAUCGAGGUCUUCCCGGAGGUCAUGCAGCUGAUGGAGAUGAAGUGCGUGGAUCUCAGCUGUAAUGAGCUGAGUGAGAUCACCCUACCAGAGAAUCUGCCUCCUAAGCUUCAGGAGCUGGACCUGACAGGAAAUCCACGCCUCAGCCUGGACCAUAAGACCCUGGAGCAGCUCAAUAAUAUUCGCUGCUUCCGCAUCGACCCGCCUCCAACCUUUGCAUCGAACGAGGCAUCUGGUGGGCCCGCUGUGUGGAGUCAUGGUUACACAGAGGCCUCAGGCGUGAAGAACAAGCUGUGCGUGGCGGCGCUCUCCGUGAGCCGUUUCUGUGGGAGCCGCGAAGCCCUGUACGGCGUGUUCGACGGGGACAGGAACGUGGAGGUGCCCUACCUCCUGCAGUGCACCAUGAACGACGUGUUGGCUGAAGAGCUGCACAAGACCAAGAGUGAAGAGGACUACAUGACUAACACCUUCCUCGUCAUGCAGAGGAAACUGGGAACAGCUGGUCAGAAACUGGGUGGGUCUGCGGCUCUGUGUCACAUCCGCCACGACCCCACCGACCCGAGCGGCUGCUUCACCCUCACGGCCGCUAACGUGGGCAAGUGCCAGGCCAUUCUGUGCCGUGACGGGAAGCCGCUGUCGCUGUCUCUGCAUCACAACGUGGGGCUGGAGGAGGAGUACCGCAGGAUUCGGCAGCACAGGGCUAUUAUCACUGAGGACAACAAGGUGAAUGGUGUGACCGACUCUACAAGAAUCAUGGGUUACUCCUUCCUUUACCCGUCAGUCAUCCCCUGUCCCCACGUGCAGACGGUCACCCUCACUCCCCAGGAUGAGUUCUUCAUCCUAGGUAGCCGGGGCCUGUGGGACGCCGUGUCGCCCACCGAGGCGGUGGAAGCGGUUCGGAACGUGCCCGAUGGACUAGCCGCUGCUAAGAAGCUGUGCACGCUGGCACAAGGCUACGGCUGCACCGACAGCCUCAGCGCCGUCGUGGUCCAGCUCAGCGUGAGCGAGGACUGCUGCUCCUGCUGCUGCUCGGAGCCCCCCCAGCCGCCCCCCAGCCCCGGCUUGGGGCCGUACCCUCCGUCGUCUUCCGCCAUGAAGGAGCGGCCCCCGGACGGCUCCCUCCCCAUACCGCCCUCGUCCUGCAGCGAAAUCAGCAGCGAGAUCAGCACCAGCGAAAUGAGCAGCGAGGUGGGCUCCACGGCUUCGUCCGACGAGCCGCCCCAGAGCUCGCUGGUGCUGCUGCACGAGCAGCCCCACCACGCGCACCUCCACCUGCACCAUCCGGCCCACUCGCUGUCCCUGCAGCACCAGCAGGCCCACGCCACCAACCAGCCCUGCCAGUACCUGUUCCCAGCUUCCGAGCUGCCCUCGACGCGCAGCUGCUGCGCCCUCCACCCCGCCUGCUUAGCGGUCUCCUUCCAGAGGCAGCUGUCCAGUGCCACUUUCUCCAGCGCCCUGUCUGACAACGGGCUCGACAGCGAGGACGAGGAGCCCAUCGCUGGUGUUUUCUCCAACGGGAGCCGUGUGGAAGUAGAGGCAGACGUCCACUGCCUUAAAGCCGCAUCCGCCGCUUCGGCCCAAACGCCGUCACCCGCGUCCUCCAUCCAGGACCGUGGCCUACUAACUCUCCCCCCACCUCCUCCACCGCCCUGCACCCCCGAGUCUCUGGAGGAAGGGGUUGACAUGAGCCUUGGAGAUGGAGAAAAUGGGCUGGACAGGGAGGAGCCAUGGCAGGGAAUCCAAGCAGCAGGGGUGGAUGGAGGCAGGCUGGCAGGAAAAAGGAGAGUUAAUGGGUCAGUGGCGCGUCAGGAGAAGAGCCACAACCUUAUUGAAGUGGCUGCCGACGCUCCCUCUAAGAAGCCCGGAGGUUACUUCACAGCUCCAGCACAACCCGACCCCGACGAUCAGUUCAUCAUCCCCCCCGAGCUGGAGGAGGAGGUGAAGGAAAUCAUGAAGCAACAUCAGCAGAAACAGCAGAAGCCAAGUGGGCCCGAUCAGCCCAUGGAUUACUAUGACACCCCUCUCUGAGCAACAAUCGCAUCACCCCCCGCCCCCUCCCCGCAGCAGCAUGCACGGAAACGUGAAUCGAGCAAACAGCUGUGAUUCCCUUUUUCUAUGGACACGAGAGGCCGUGAAGUUUCACCCAGCUGCUUCUUCACAGCCUUCUAGCUCUCUAGCUCUCACCGUGACCUGCUCCUGAUUUUACCCAGGCAAGUCAUAGAAGUAAACAAGCAAACGAGCCCUUUAAUGAUACUCCACCCUUUUGGAAGGCCUGUGGACGCGCCUCCCAGUGUUCAUGGUUGUGCCCUUUCAGACUUCGGAACCUUUAUUUUUCCAUUAGACAACCAGCUGAGUACGUAAUCAACACUAGUCUCUUUGCAAUAGCAUUAGCUCGCCACUUGUUAAUAUGGAUAACGAUUCCAUGGUUUGUUUCUUCGUUUGUUUGUUUGUUUGUUUUGUAAAAACCUACCAUAUCUUUUAAUGUGAAAGCAGUAAAUUUGCUGAAAGAACUUUUUAAAAAAACAGAGACACAUAAUCUUUUUAUUAUCAGUGAGCUAUGUUGAAUGGUACAGCAGUGAUACCACACUUAACAGUUGUAGAUAGGGCACUUAAAUACUGUAUUUCUUCAGUGAAUCAUGGCUCUUAGCCUGUAAAAUGGCAUAGAAAUAUUUUGUAGAAAUUGAAAUACUAACUCCUAGGAGUUGAAUACUCUUUAUGGUGACUUAUGGUCACUUUUACUAAUCUUCUCUGAGAGAAAUGGUGAUUUUUUUUGUCCAAUGAUUGUAAAUAAGAGAAAUGUUGUAUACUGAUGCUUUUAAAGAACCUGUACCUGUAUGUCGGUGAAGGUUUAGUAGUGGGGAGGGUCUGCUAGUGUGGAGGUGCCACACCCCCCUAGACCUUACAUUGUAGACCCCCAGAUACAACACACACACACACACACACACACACACACACACACACACACACACACACACACACACACACACACACACACACACACACACAGGCACGUGUAAUGGAUUUGUGCAAUUUCAGGUCGGACACCACAUGCAUCCAGGCAGUAUGACACACGCUGUGCUCCACGUGGUCUGAUUGUGAUGUCCUGUAGUCAUCACUGUAUCUAAUGAACACUAAAAGGCAGAUCAAUGCAUGCACACACAAACACAUGCACGCACGCACACACACACAUACGUACAUACAUACAUGGACACAGACAGACGAUAUUAGUCCACCUCCCUCCUACAGUUAACUGUUACCACCGGCAUGACUGUGUCAAGUUCAGUAAUACAAACAAUUAUAUCCACACGGAAAAGAGACACAAAUGUUCCUGUCUUUGGUAAAAAUAAAUUUUAAAUUUGUGAAUAUAA